GCGGCAGCUCGUGCCCGCGCCCUCCUCGCACCCGAGGCCACCCCCGGAGACCGACUCCCGCCCCGAGGCCCAGGCCGAGGCCGGAACCCAGCGGGUGCCGCGUCUUCACCCGGGGCCUCCAUCACCUCCAAGGAGCCAUGUUCCAGGCUGCAGAAGCCGCCCAGGCCACCCCCUCUCAUGAAGCCAAAGGUGGCGGUAGCAGCAGCACUGUUCAGCGCUCUAAGUCCUUCAGCCUUCGGGCCCAGGUGAAGGAGACCUGUUCUGCCUGCCAGAAGACCGUGUACCCCAUGGAGCGGCUGGUGGCUGACAAGGUCAUUUUCCACAACUCUUGCUUCUGCUGCAAGCACUGUCACACCAAGCUGAGCCUGGGCAGCUACGCGGCGCUGCAUGGGGAAUUUUACUGCAAACCCCACUUUCAGCAGCUGUUUAAGAGCAAAGGCAACUACGAUGAGGGCUUUGGCCGGAAGCAGCACAAGGAGCUCUGGGCCCACAAGGAGGUGGACCCCGGCACCAAGACAGCCUGAGGCCCCUCUGACCCUCGGUAGAGGGCCUGGAGCAGGGCAGUGGGAAGGGUGGGAAAGAAAGUGAACCCGGGCUCGGGUUGGGGGGAAGGGUGGGAAGAGGAUGAGGCCAUCUUGCUCAGGCAGAGGGUUAUGGGGCAGGGCUCUGCCUCAGGAGCCCUUUGUUCUCCCUCAGGGGCUGGGGGUUUGGGAACCAGGAUUGGGGUUUGCUCACCACCCUGCUUCCUGCUUCUUUCAGCCUACCCCACCUCACCCCAUGGCCCCCUGGGAGGCCCGCAAGCCUAGCUUCCCUAUCUAGGUGCCUUUUCUCCAGCAAGGAGUCAGCAUGCCCCCCUCAGGGUCCCAAGCUCCCUCACUGCCACUGGGGCCCUGUGCGGCCCCCAUGUCUCCCCAUCUACCUCUGCCCUUAGCCUGGUCCUGAGCCAUGGAGACUGGAGGAAGGAGAGCCAGAGUGGCCUCUGCUGGGCCUCACAGGAUGCCCACCAGGGCUCUGUGGGGGAGGCAAAGGGGGAAGUGGAGCAGCCCUGCCCCCUGCAAGGCAGGGCAGAGCAGGCCCCAGCGGGGCUUGGGACCAGCUUGCACCACUGGAGUCAAGAGGCAGAAGCUAAAGCACCCGCCAAGCUGAGAGCCACAGAGACUGGUGGGGCUGGCGGCAGCCACGCUCCCCUCCUCUUCUCCCGUUUCUGCCCAUUCUGACUGUUGUGAUCAACCCUAUUUUAAACAUGUUUCAACAGAUCCUGA